AUGCCUAGCUUGGGGCUUCCUACCGCCAGCCUAUCGUACAGUGGGUGUGUCGUAAAUGACAUACUUGACCGAGACUUCGACUGCAAAGUUGUCUUGCGCUCGGUGUUGUUUGGCUCCCUACUUGCGGCGGACCCACCCGCUGAUGAAGCGCUGGACAUACUGGCCUUCUUUGUUUUUAGCUGCAGCAUCCCAUUCGCUUGGGUCGCAAAAAUGACUCAGUUCAAUUGGGGCAUGAUGCUGAAUGUUGCUAUUGCACGAUAUCGUGCUGGUAAGUGGUUCGCCUGUAAUUUUUUUGUAUUGGGAACUUGUGCUGAUGCCGUAUCACCUCGGAACAAGAAGGACGAUGAGAAGGCUGGGGUCAGGCAAGUCGUCAUGGCGCAGCGAUGGUCUGCGCUCUUCUGCGCUGGAUUGGACAUAGACUACGACUACUACAUCAAACUCGCUUCCCUCGCCGGGUGGACAUGCGUCCAAUAA